UGGUCAACUGUACUUAUGAACAGUACAACAUUUGGUGACCGUCAAGCAGCGUGUCCCGUGAACGAUUUGGCGCGCUUUUUUGACAUUUACAUUUCUUUUAAUUUAUGGCAUAGACUAUCCAUGAAUUAUCAGAACGAGUUUCGUGUACGAAAGUGAAUUAACAUAUUGCUAUAUCGUGCUGUGAGAGUGAAUGUGAAACUAUGUGUUGCAUAAGCGAUAAUAUUUUUGGAUGCUGAUGGAUUUUCCACGAUGCUUCACAUUUGACGCUCGUCACUUACGCAAUAUCAUUGUAUCUAUGAGAAUACGGAAAUUACCGAAUAAACCUCGUUUCUAAUUACGUUCAACUUUGUUACAUGCACUCAUUACAACUCUGAGUGCGCUCUCAAACAUUCGUACAAGUGUGUUAAAUGACGAAUAAAGAGAAAAAUGGAAAAAUGCCCAAGGAGAGAUCAAAAUCAGAUAGUUGCAACGCUAUCGCUAGGAUUUUGAAGGAUUUCUGCAGUUGUUCGGAGAACGCGGCGUGGUCACCGGAUAUGACAUCAGACCGCAAGGGUCCCUUCUUAAAGAGUGAACUGACAAACAUGUCGGGCAUGCGGAGACGAAUUAUGACGAUAGCAAAGAGGAAGAACAGGAAUACGUCACCCGAACCAAAGCUGAGCCGCGACACCUUCGACAACAAGUCAUCGUUGACAUCGAACCUCAUAAACACAACAUUAAGUUCACAGACCAGUACAAUAGGCAAAAACAUCGAUAACUUCCUAAUAUCGCGGAGGAUGGUCGCCCUGGAUGAAGACUUGUACGAAAAACCAAUUCAAGUGAAGAAUUCUUCAUAUGGAGAAAAUUGGUCGCUUAGCAAAGCGUGGAAGAACAACAACAUGGAAUUCUUCAAUCGAUCACCGAAUCUUGAAUCGAAUAGAUUAAUCGAACGCAACCUUCCGUUAGAAAGGAUAGACGAAGUGCCGAAACGGAAACGUGAUAGGAAGUUAAAGGAACAAAUGCGUUACGACAGGAACAUUAAACGUCAUAUACGGAUACGCGUAAUGCUGUCUUUAAGAAUGAGGCGUUACGUUAAAAAGAGAUUAAGAAAGCAGCACUUACCUCCCAGCCAGAAUUCAAAUGUGCCUCCGAGAAAAUUCCCACGCGGGACGCCUGCUACUUCUAGUUUUGGUACAAGGUCGUACCGAAGCGUGAUGACGGAUAAGAAUAGUGAUGGGACUGUAUUAUUCGAUGUACAUGAAGCAAGAAAUUCAACAUUGGAGUUGUGCCACGACUACGAUGAGGACCUCGACACUUUGGAUAUUGCUUUACGCGCCGGUAAUUUUAGGAGCGGUCGUUUAGCUGUCGAGGGCUGGUGGUGUGGGCGCGCUAUGGCGGGCGGGCGCGCCAACAACGGUGCCUUGGCGCUCCACUACGCAGCAGCAAGGGGCUGCCUUGACUGCGUGAGGCUUCUAGCCAACACUACACCUGAUGUUUCUGCCAACACGGCUAUGGACAAUGACGUCACGCCGGUCUACCUCGCAGCGCAGGAGGGACAUCUCGCUGUGCUCAAGUACCUCGUCCUCGAGGCCGGAGGACGGUUGGAUGCGCGCGCGCGAGACGGAAUGCUUCCCAUACACGCUGCUGCACAGACUGGUUGCUUGGACUGCGUCAAAUGGAUGAUCGUAGAACGUGGUGUGGAUCCAAAUGCGAGAGACGGAGAUGGCGCUACGCCACUCCACUUCGCAGCAUCACGCGGUCAUCUGUCGACAGUACGUUGGCUAUUACGUCACGGAGCCCGACUACACUUGGACAGACACGGCAAGAGCCCUAUCAACGAUGCAGCUGAGAAUCAUCAUUUAGAAUGCUUAAACGUGCUGGUAGCUGCUGGUGCGGCUGGUGCGGACAACAAACAAUUAUCAUUGUACAAAGCGAUCCAUUCCUGCGCAUGCGUACCUGGGGAGGCUAGAUGUGCUCUACAAAACUGCAUCAACGCAAACGGGACCCGGUCCCCAUUCUAUCUCCACGCCCCAGAGCGCGAGAGACGCAGCUCACAUGAACGAAGAGGAUCCUUAUCAUCAACUGUGGGAUCUAUCAGCUCGGCCAGAUCCGGACCAGCCGAUGGACUGUACGUCAACCCCAUGCAGAGAACUUCAGCCACCAGCGCAACGAAUCACAGUUCUUCUGGAGAGGAGAGUUCCGCUUGUUCAGCAUCAGAAGCUGAAACAGCCAACACCGGGGGCUGGUUUCUUCACAACACCAACUCGAACGCCCCAGCAGCAUUAUACCAGCGAGUCCGGGAUCUGUUCCAUUCGCGUUCACCAGGUCCACGAGUCCCGGCUGAAGGUCAGGAGGCUCCUACAAUGACUGUAAAAGCAGAGGUCCAUGGAACAACAGAAGUGACUCAACCACAGGAAAACUCAGACAGCGACAGCGGAGCCGAAGCGACCCGUCGUGACCAUCACUACGAAGACAUUUAUUUGCCACGAGAGGAACACCAGAGGAGAAGGAGCAGUUCUCGUGACUCAGGAAGUCACAGCAGACCUGGAAGUGCUGCCUUGAUAGUUGACUACGGCACCAAAGAGAACAUUGAAACUACAAACAAAGCAUACGAAGAAGUAUCUCCACCAGCACCUGACAGUCAAACGAAGUCCACACUAGCAACCAAAUUAGCAGCGCUUACCCACAAAGCUCAGAACUUUGCUAGUCGCAUAUCAUCAGCAGCGGGCAGCCGUCGAGCAUCAGUUUCCGAGGAACCCAUCGUAGUCCAAGCGUCCGCUUCAUCCGGUGUGUCAUCAGCUGGAUCCACUGGCACCAGUUCUGGUGAUGAAGCUCCACCUCCGCCUCCACCACCUCUCCCUCCAGUGGUGUUGGAGGAACCAGCCCUCAAGCCAUCAGAAUUAAAAAGUAGGCUGGCGGGGCGGCGCGGCUCAGCGGCAUCGGCAGACGACGAGCGACCGCGCGCGCCCAACCUCGUCAACAAGCAGCCCGCGCUCCCCUUCGUGCCGCCGGCCUUCCCGAACAACGCGCCGGACCGCCUCAUCAAACCCUCGGAGUAUUUGAAGACCAUCACGGCGCCCUGCAAGCGCGACGACGGCGCGGCGGAGGCGCGGCCACCGCCCCCGCCGCCCAUCCCGGACAAUGUGCCGCCACCUCCGCCCCAGCCGCCCUUGACGCACCAGCCCCUGGCAGCCAUCAGCAGCGCUGAGCUUACGGCUGUGAGACUAAAGAUGACGGCGACUAAGACGAUGUCAGCUCCUCCGCCAACGCGAUCCGUCAGUCUCCAAUGCCUACCCAGUGCAGCAGAUUUCAGAAGCGCGAAGACGGAUCUGAUCGAGGAGCUGAAGAUGUCGAAGGAUAUCACUGGAAUAAGGAAGUUGAAGGUGGAACGAGCGAGACGGGAGAGCUUGCAGGAUAAGGAGACGUUCACGGAGUUCACCAAACGAUUCACGGCGGAGAACUUUGUCGAUCAGGGUUUUUCACAGAUCCCAGAACGAGACACGGCUGGUAACAUCAUACCCGUGUGGAAGCGACAGAUGCUGGCACGGAGAGCUGCUGAGAAGGCACGGAAAGAUCUGGAGAGAGAGCUCGCUGGAGAGGCGGAGAGACGACGAGCUGCGUCGGUGCCGGCUUGGAAGAGGCAGUUGCUCGCUCGGCGGGAGGAAGCGGAGAGUCGUUUGAGACAAUCACUGUACACUCCUAAAGUUGAAGAGACAAAUGACACAAUGAAACAAAACGUAGACUGGCGCGCGUACCCCGGCUCGCAGCGCGCCGUGUCCAUCGACAACAUUUCGCUCUGCUACGACGCGCCCGCGCAGCCCAUGCGAGCGCCCUCCGAAGUGAAACUCUCCUCGGAGCAUUGCAAUGGUCACUCCACCCUAAACGGUCACCGUGAGAACGAAGAUGAAAACGCUAAAAUAAUCCCCUGGCGAGCUCAGUUACGUAAGACAAACAGCAAACUUAAUUUACUUGAGUAGGUUAAUUAUUGGUAGAAAUGGUAGGAUUCGUAUAGGUCGCUAGUUACAAUAAACUAUGGUUUUUUUUAUAAUGGCAACGUUGUAAAAUAUAAUCACUAUAUUUUAUACGUUGUAAUUAAUAUUCGAAAUGUUGUAAUUUUGUCUAUAACUAAUUUCGAGACGAUAUUUUUUUCGAUCUUUAUUUCAAAUGAGUGUUGCUAUACUACGAUGGUAGAUUUAAUUUUUAUGCCUUAGGAAACUAAAGUGUGAAAAUUAUAACGACAUUUCAUAAUAAAUUUUAUAAAAUGUACCUUAGUUCUGUCACGAUUUUUAACUUUAAAACUUUUAUACUUUUUUAAUGUAACAUAUUAUAAGAAGUAAGAAAGUAAUGUAAAAAUGUAAAUCUUAUUUUUUUUUUAAAUUGUAUAAUCACGAAAUUAUUCAAAUCGAAGAAAUAUUUUUUUUUGUUGUCAUUUAAGAAAUAUUUAUAGAUUUUACUAAUAUGCAAGUGAUAUUAAUGUUGCAAUAUUAGUUUUAAGCUUAACAUACUUUUGCUACAAUCAUGUAAGCUAAAAUUACGAUUGAGUAAGAUUUAAAUCGAUUGAACAAUGUUAAUAAAAA